GAGCCGGACACUCGAGGUGGGUGUGUGUGCAUGGCUCUCGAUCGCUCUUUAAUCAAGUAUCUACACCGACGGCCUUGAACUUGCGGAGAUCGAGCGGAUACCUUGCGAUUUCGCGCUCGCGGACCCCCAGAGGCGAACAAUAUCUUGUUCAGUACGUAUACACACUGACCUGAGCGGUAUACACAAGUGACGCGGCCGCGAAUCGCUCACUCGCCGUCUUCGACCAUUGUGAAGGAAAAAAGUUAUCUCCCCCUCAGCUCACGUUAUCAACUCUUUCGGGGAGUCUGUUCUCCGAAACUGUACAGACGUACUUUAUCUCCGUCGAAAGAGAGAGAGAGAGAGAGAGAGAGAGAGAGAGAUGCGGGAGCGAUAUUAGACUGCUCGUUGCAAAAUAUGUAUAUAACGCGCGGCGAGUUUUGUCGGACCGCAGAACGGGAAACGAGCGCGAGCGGUGCGUCCAUUUUUCUCUGAUCGUCGUCGAUUUCUUUUUUAUUCGCUUCGCUCGAGAGACGCGUUGUUACUACUAUCUCCGCGAGUGUGUGCAUCUACUUGCGUCAAUGGAUUUUUCGACUCGUUAUCAAUCGUAGCGGAUAUUCGCGCCGAGACGAAGCUGCGUCUGGACUCAGUACAGACGAAAAGUCAGAGGAGAAGCAGACGCCGAGAGGAGCACGUGGACGUAUUCGAGCUCACACGAAAGUCUGAAUGAGUAAGAUAUAGUAGGCCCGUAGUGCAGUGGAUAUUUAUCAAGUGUUGAGAUAUAGACGCGAAUCGGAGAGUCAAGAUGAUGUUCAACGAGACACUGCUGAUGCUGAUUUACACGGCAAAUCUGCUGUCGACCCCGCACAACAGGAACCAGAAGAGAGAAGAUCGGCAGGUGUUCACUACGACGAGCACGACGCAGCAGUCGGCGGAUCUGGAUGAGAGCAUAUUUGAGUAUGACGAUGAAUGGUACAUGUGGAGAUGCUACCAGCCGUUCGGUUGUUUCUACAUUGGAACUCCAUGGUCUGGAGGCAGUAGACCAGUAUCGACGUUCCCGACUAAGCCAGACAGUAUUAAUCCGCUUUUUAUGCUUUACACCCGAGAUCGCGUAGACGAUCCGCAUGAACUAGUUAUAGAUCGCAUUAGUACGAUCAGAGACUCGCCUUUGAGAAGAAAUGAGAACCUCUACUUCAUCAUUCACGGUUACUUGGACAACGGAAAUAAAACGUGGGUUUUAAGGAUGAUGAACGAGCUGUUGCUGCGAGAAAACUGCAAUGUGGUGGUAAUUAACUGGAUCGGAGGUGCAGGACCUCCGUACACUCAAGCCGUUGCGAACACGAGGCUCGUGGGUGCCAUGACGGGCAGAUUAGCUUCUCAACUAAUUCAGAAGGGAAAGAUGCAGGCUUCGCGUUUACACUGCAUUGGGCACAGCUUGGGAGCUCACACCUGCGGCUACGUCGGUCACAAUUUGCGAGUUCAGUAUGGCUACAAACUUGGAAGGAUAACGGGUCUCGAUCCUGCAGAGCCUCACUUCAGCAACACAUCGCCCCUUGUGCGUCUGGAUCCAUCCGAUGCGGAUUUCGUCACUGCGAUACACACCGAUUGCAGUCCGUUCAUCAGCGGCGGUCUGGGUAUCAGUCAACCGGUGGCCCACAUCGAUUUCUUCCCCAACGGUGGAAGAAAUCAGCCCGGAUGCAACGAGGGCGUCUUCAACUCUAUCACCCUGGAGAAAGGAAGUUUCUUCCGAGGAAUUAAAAGAUUUCUCGGCUGCAACCACAUACGGAGUUACGAGUACUUCAUAGAAAGCAUAAACACGGUGUGUCCGUUCUUGUCGGUGCCUUGCACCUCGUGGGAGAGAUUUCAAAACGGCAGCUGCUUCGAUUGCGUCGAGCAACAUUGCCCCAGGUUCGGAUUCAACGCCCAGCCAGGAAACCAUCACGCUUCCGUCUACCUGAUGACAGGAAGGGACAAGCCUUUCUGCAAGGCUCACUACCGGGUGACGAUAAACGUCUCGAAGACGAACGAGAGCCUGAACUACGGCGGCGAGGUCGGCAUGUUCGUGAUAAGAGUGAUCGGACCAAAUGGCAAGAUGACCGAGAGGCUGUCCUUGAGUGAACACUCCAAGUAUUACGAGCCGGGAACGAGGCACACGGCUGUGAUACCCGGUGACGUGGUCGGUAAAGUCGAAGCUGUGGAGAUCACUUGGGACUAUCAGACGUCGAUGUUCAACCCGCUGACAUGGAGACUGCUGCACAAGCCUAAAGCUUACAUCGACUCGCUUACUAUCAAGAGUCUCGAGUUUCAAAACGAAAUCACCGUUUGUCCAGCCAGCUCGAAGACUCUAGUGGCGAACGAGCCGCAGAUACUAAAAGUGGAGAACUGCCGAUACAUCAGCGACCUGAAUUUCGUCUCGACGUGAGCUCGCUCACGGCCGUGGCAGAAACGCCCAUACAGACAUCGACAUCAUCAGCAUUGCGCCGAAAAGGAUCGUCACCGAACGGCGAUGCAAUAAUUGCAAGCUGUAACGAGAGAAACGACGGAGGUAUAAUAUGAUGUAUAGAGGAUCAAUCGAGGGCCUUGAAACCGCGCGUCGAAAGAGAAUGAGACUUUAUUGUGUACGUCGAUAUUUCAUGAGCUGAUUAGUUGUAUACGAGAGUCAGUUUUGCGAUUGGACUUUGAAUAGAUUAUGGUCAGAUUCGUGUAUAUUGUGUAUUGCUAUAGGAAUGAAUUUUCAUCGGUUCGUAUAUGACGAUAUAGAUGAAAAACUUAUAAAAAUUUUUGUAUCAGACUGUACAUAGCUUUUCACGACAACUCUGCAUCUUCGUGCUCUCUAUUUACUAUAGUUUUAACUCUAUACUUCACUUUUAUCUCCCUCGAUCAUCGCAACCAAUUAACGCAGCUAGUAUUGUAUUAGUAAUCGCGUCGCAAUUAAUUACACUCACAUCGAAGUAAACGCGUCGACUUCGGAAAAUCGAACUUCGCGCACGUGUAUAGAGAGCCUUGCGUUCGCACGUCCUUUCACCGUCAGACACGUUGACGACCCACCGGAGCAUAUGCGCCGCUACCAUAAAUACUACUACUACUAUAUUCUUCUUCUCUCUUUCACCUUGGCACUCGUCGCUACUGCUCAAGCUUUCAUGCGUCGCGAGGCUGCAAAUCAUCGUGCCUACGGUUGCUUGUGCACAAUUUAUAUACGUACGUGUGUACGCGUAGACAGAGACCAAUAAGGAAGAGAACUUCAUUCAUUAUACGCGUGGAUGUGGACGAAAAUUUAUUUGUUGCUAAUCAGCGUCGAUGUGUAGUUUCGCGUUGUUGUAUUAUAGGUAGUGCAUGAGGUUAUUAUCGAGACGAGGAUGGAUCGUUUUUAUCCGCCGAGAAUCGUUGUUGCGCGUCAAUUUGAAAGUGUCUGAAAAGACGAAAAAAGAUAUUUUUUGACAAUGCAAGAAUCGAUUAGAAAUAAAUUGAAAUUGAAUUCAUCAUAGAUAAUAAGCUGUAGUUAAUUUGUAAUGAAUAGUUAUUAUCGAGGCAUUAUAGCAAAUAGUGUAACCUUUAAUUUAUAAAUAUACUGCUUAUUUGCAUGUAUUACACGUAAAGUUCGCCGCUGAAUAAUCAUAAUUAAUUUUUAUUUGAUGUUACUCAUAUACAUACAAUAUUUUUAUGCGAAACAUAGUUUAAUAUAGUUUAAUAUAAUUGAGAAUCGAAAUAUGACUUGAUCAGUAAGAUCGCAAUGUCCGAUAUAUUUACUAGAGAAUAUAAUGUUUAACAAUAAUUAAAUUAACAAAAAUUAGAAUAUGAUACGUACCUUGCGCUAAUAUGCUAACACAUAGUACAAGCUAGAUUACGUUGUAACUAUAUACGCUUACUUUAUUAGCCUCUAACAAUAUUUUUUUAAAUGAAAAAUAAAUUCAUCUAUGAAUAAAUAAAUUUACCACA